CACCGCAUCCUUGAAGAAGUCUUUCCGAGACACGUGCUGGAGGUGAUGACGUCAGACAAGCGCCGUACAUCGGCUUUUGGCGGCGGCGGCGGCGGAUGUCCCUCCCUGGUGCGCACUUCCUCCUUGUCAUCGACUUACACUGUCAGCGGCGGUGCCGCCGCCACCGCCGGCAGGCAGCUGUCGUGUGGCGGACGUGGCGUGGGCCAGCCGGCACCUGCGCUAGCCUGGCGUCGUAUAACCACAGCACCUGCACAGCCCAUGGAGUGUACGACAGUUGCGACGAUCGUACAAGCUUCGGCUGCUUCAGUCAUCAACUUCAUGCGAGCGGUGAUAACAUCGCAGAGCCUUGCGGCCUUGACAGCUGCGGCGCCGUCACCGCCGCCGCUGCUGCUACUGCCGCCGCCGCCGCCGCCGCAUGCGCCCCAGCGCCGCCGGGCCUCUGCGGCGACGCAACGGAGGCGGCCGCCACAGCGGCCCCCGUCGCCACCACCCACCCAUCGCCGCCGCCACCUGUCCGCCCGCUACAGCUCCCCAACGCGCAAUCAGCAUUGGGCUCCCUCCAGCUACAGCCACAGUCACAGCGUCACCUCACCCUCCACGCCCUCGUGUGUCAACGUUGCCAGCCGAAUGGAGUCCACGGGUGUACCUGGUGCCGUACACAUUUCUGCGGCCACGCGGGCCUUAUUGUGCGCCGCGGCCGACGGGUUUCUUUCCACGGGGGGAAUUCCCGUCGAGGGCAAGGGGUUCAUGCUCACGUACGUGUACGACCCGUGCGGCGUCGCUCCGCAGCGCUCUCAAACAAUCUCCCGAACUGGAUCAGCCGUGCCGGGUAUUGGUAGGGAAGGUCCCCAGGUCCCGGGGGGAGAAGCAUCUAGCGGUACACCGACAGAGGCGCCGCCUCCGUUGCCGCAAUAG